CAGAUGGAGGAAAUCUCGCCUCAAAGUGGUGUUUCUUCACCUAACUUAAAAGAGCAAAUCACUCGUCAAGUUCUGCAAUAUGUGCUGUAUGGCAAAAAUUCAGUACAGAUGGUUAACACUCACGAGACGAACAUAAAGAGCAAGCUUGGUAAUUUGAAUAAAAAGUUACUUUAGUCUGAUUUGAAACGCCCAGGACUCCUUACGAAACUAUGACGGCAACGGUUGAUACAAUAGGCACCUUUAGGAAUACCUUCACACCGCACCCAAAGAAGUUAUGACCGGCUAAAAAAUUUGACCGGACACUUCGUUCUCACGGGUCCGUUCAGUAUUUUCGCUCGUUCACACGGACCUUUGAACAGCUAGGGGUCUAAAUGUUUGUACAGUUAAGGUGGUACCGUGUGAACGGAACACCUAAACGCACGAAUUUUCAACCGGUGGAAAAUUCUUCCGGUGCCAAGUGAACGCCACCUAAGAAUGCAAAACAAUAACUUUCUUUCCUGUCCCUGCACAACUGCGAGGUUCAAUGACCAAAAUUUUAAGUAAUGUUGAACGGAAAGACGAUAAAUUUUACUGUAUCUUUCUGAUUUCGGACGUGGUACCCUCUCCACGACUCUAACGUAAUUUCUUAGCUUUGAAAUACAUGAACAAGUUGAGUCAUCGCUAAAAGAUUUGGAAGAACUCGAAGAAUAAGAAAGCGUGAAUGACGUUUACACGCUGCCGCUGCUGUUGUGGUAUCGUAAGAUCCCUUAUAUGCGUAAUAACACAACAACUCGGGUUUUACUUACAAUUUGCAUAAUAACUUCGCUUGCAGAGAACUAUUACGUACCGUCUAGUUGUUCAUUAAGAUUUCUUUUAAGUGGCCAUAUCAAGUUUCAUAUUCAAAAUUAAAUUUGGAAACCACAGUAGCCGGCAACCGAACCUUACUAGUUCACAACUAGGAACAAUCAACACUAGACCAGUCAUGCUCAAGAUUUUUCUUUCUUCUCUUGUGUAUCAUUCCACUUAUUACGGUAUUUAUUUCACGAUUAAAACAGCAUGGGAAGCUGUGCAAUUAUAUAUUUUUUACAUGUGUACUUAUUUAUUAACUGACUUUGUUGACGAUGGUGUUUCCUAAAGAAAGUGGUUGUCAUGUGUAUUCAUUAAAAAGUCCUAAAACUGGCCUGAGUCGGCCUUCAUCGCUUCUCUUUCAAAAGACAACUCCCAUAAUACACAAAGCACUUAGUGAACAGCAGUUAAGGUUACGCUUCCCGGUAGGAAAGGACAGAGUUCGAAGGAGAGGGCUGGGGCCGAGGACUGAGAAGGACCUGAUGAUGAUGAUGAUAUUGACAGUAUUGUAAUUAAAAGCACAUUUAUUAUCAUGAUUUUUAGUAAAUGAUGAAAGCUCACAGCAAGAACAGAGAUCUAAGACCGUGACUAAGCUGAUGGAGAAUAGUGACCCCAACGCUACCACGGAAACUGACAAUACGCAUGCGCAGUCCGAGAAAGCAAGUAUCAAUCUGAGCUAUGCAAUAGCUUCAUUCCCGAAUGAAGUGUCCUUAUGCGUAUCGAGUAUACCUGGAACGGUUUUUGGAGUCUGCGCAAAACAGCAUAUUCCCGUGGGAACGUGGAUUGGUCCUUAUGAAGGGAAGCGCGUGUGUCCUGAUGACGUCACGGUCGAUAUGAACACGUCACACAUGUGGGAGGUAAGACUGUUGAUCUUUAAAUGACAAUAAUAUUCAAGCAUAUGAAGGGAUGUACUUUUGAGGCAUGGAUGCUACAAAGCAUGCUUUUUCAGGUCUGUCAGUUCAUUUUCAUUUAUGUUAAUCUCAACGACACUAAGCGAUCCUUAAUCCUUCUAUAGUUUAUCACUAUUACUGCUCUGGCGUUUUUCUAUUUUUUCCUUCAAUUUCAUGACCAUUGAAAUUUGUGGGUUGGGGAGAUCAUAGGCUCCCGACAAAGGCUUCAGGCCUCGUUUAUAUCGAGAAAAGUUGACCCGAAAAAGAGGGUCACCCUCCCAGCCGAGAAAACUUAGAGAGCGUUCAAAUUAGAAAAAAGUUGACCCCUUUUCCCAAGCCAACAACCCUCACGUAUUCUCUGAUUGUCUCACCUUGACCGAGUUGACGAGUUGAAGGCCCCGCUAGAACGCGACCCGACCAUCGAAAAAGAGUGCUGAGCAAGCUAGGGAGGUUACUCUUCUAGCCAAGCCAACUUUUUGUUUCUAAUCUAAACGGUUCGCCUAGGAACUGUAGAAAACGUUGUCUCGCCCAGGGUAGCUCGGGUAAGCGAGUGACCCUUCUAUCCGUUACAAGUUUUCCCAAACAAACGGGACCUUAAAUUUCGUGUGGAAGUAGCCCAUAAUGGUCUCAAGCACUACAGCACUACUCAGACCCAUUUCUAGCGUUCAAGAAGAAAAGGAGACUUUUUUCUUUUCUCAGAUUUACGAAAAAGGCAAACUUGCUUAUUUCCUUGAUGGUAGUGACAAGAAUACCUCCAGCUGGAUGCGAUUCAUUCGCUGCGCGCGACAUAAGCAGGAGCAAAACCUGCUCGCAUUCCAACAUAACAAAGAUGUUUUCUACCGCGCUUUCCGUGAUAUUCCCCGCGGUUGCGAGCUUCUGGUCUGGUACGAAGAUAGCUAUAUCAAACAUAUGGGAAUACCCUUUGGAAUUGCGGACAGGAGUUCUCCACUUCAUUUUACAGGUAGGAAUGAUAUUAGAGGACAUGUAUGGAGAUAUUCGCGAAUCUCAGUCAUCGAUAAGGUUUUCGGCAAAAAAGGGCAAUGUCCAAAACAGUUAUAUAAUUACAACCGGUAUACAGCCAGGGGAAGGAGUGGCUGUGCACGGUUGUUCAGUGUUGUCACUCUAUAUUUGAUAUAGACACGGCUAAACUGUACGUACAAGCCAAAAUGACCCCGAAUCUAAAUAGCAGUGCAAGUGUGAAUAGAUCCACAUCAAAAAAUUUUUCAAGCCGUUGACUGAACUCACAAUUCGAGCAUUAUUAAGACUUUGUCAAGUUGCAGUAAAAUUGGUCAAGCCGCUACAUUAAUCUUAUCUUUUUUCUUAGAGAGAGUAUCAAGGGUAAAGCAUCCGGUUGCAAUCCGUGCUGCUUCUCUCGUCAGUGGGUCACUGCGCGAGGAACAAGAACUCCUUCACGAUGUUGACAGUGGAUUUAAGCCAUGCCGCGUACAGAAAAGGAGAUCAUCUUUACACAGUUCGCUGGUUGAAGAAGUAUCCGAUGAACCCGAAAGUGUGGCUAUUCAACGACUCAACAAGAGAUUUAAAGAUCAGCAAGAAAGUGACAGCGACUCACUGAUCCACAAUGAGGCAAAUGUGCGACCGUCUCUCGACAGGGCAGAUAACGGCAGAAAGCUCAACACAAGAAAAAAUGAAUUGACCCCACAUCGUAAACUGUUUGACGAAGUGAUAGACACCAGUGGAGAGAACGGCGAGUUUAAAUGUGGCCAAUGCAAAAUCAUUUUCACGCAGCGUUCCCUUUUAAACAGUCAUCUCUGCUCGCGCAUGCCCUGUAAGCCCUACAGAUGUGGACACUGCCAAGAGGCUUUUGCCCAACCUAAAGAACUACGCAUGCACUCAGUGGUGCACGUAAGCGAAAAGCCAUUCAAGUGUGGUUACUGUUUGCGGGCGUUCAGCGGGGCUACGACUUUAAACAACCACGUGCGCACGCAUACAGGUGAAAAGCCAUUUCUCUGUGAAAGGUGUGGUAAGUCAUUUUCUCAAGCAUUUCAACUGAGUCGACAUCGCAGGGUCUGUACACAAAAUGGUGAAUAAGUUACAAUCAGUUUCUCUUAGUUACCUAAAAGAUUGGCCAUGAAACCUUGUAAACUACUGAAAAAAGUUUUAAAGGUACCGUACUCUACACCAUUAAGACUUAUGUGGAAUUACCGGAAACACAUUAACCAAUUACAUGUUUAGAAAUCUUUGUAUUUCCAGCAAUUUAUUUGCGGGUUUAAAAAGCGAAAGACGACAAGUCUUCAAGAUGUUUAAGAAGGCUUUAUUUAAGAGCAGGAUUUUAUACUAAUAUUUUUUAUUGACGGCCUUGUCGAACCGAUGCUAUCAUAAUAUAUAUCACGUGAUUAGGCUCGUUGCAGACAGCGAGAUGGGGAUAAAUAGGUUUGCGAAAAAUAUAAAAGGUGAAAAUUUUGUAUACCAGCUUUCUUUUUCGGGAGCUUUAAUAAACACAUGUUAGCUUAGAGAUGAAUUGUGUCAAUCGAGUUAGAUAUAUCUUUAACUGAACCCAGCAGUAAUAACUCAUUUUUGUUGUGUGAGAAACCAACUAUAGAUAUAUUAGCAGUUAAAGGCUGAGUUCUUUGAUACAAUUUUCAAUUUUCAUCGGUAGCUCUGCUUUCCUGUAGUACAGGGGUAUUCCCCGGGGGAUAGCCAUUUUGAAUAUGUAAGCAGAGAAAGACCGGGCGUUAAUCAAUGUGAUAUUUGCGCGCUUAAAAAUAUCUGCGCUUCGUCUUGUACUUACACCAUAAGUGAUGCCAAAAUUGGCUAUCUAAGGCCCUUCACGAACACAAGUUUUAUUAACCCUUUUCAUAUGGGAGCAAUCCGCGACCGCCCCCCCCCAACCCCCCCACCCCACUACCUAAAUCGUUCGUACUUCAUUUAAUUACGUCAGCAACUGCAUUCCUUCUAUGUACUGUUUGAUUUAUGAAUGCUUUUGUGGAAGAAUUAAACGAAUUUCUUUUUUAAGUUUGGCUCCAUCGUAAUUAAUUUUCCUAGUAAAUUUAGGUCAACCUAAUUUUUAUCUUGUCUGUUCUUUUUACUGUUUGAGAGCUUUGUUUUCUAUUCGCAUUACAGUGUCAGUAGUGUACAGUGUCAGUGUAGUCGUGCAUUUACUAUUAAAUAUCUCGGUAUGGUGGUACGAGUAAUCGACUACUACAGUUCCUGGGCCUCGGGAUAGAUUCCCGAUAACGCCACUUUUUGGGUGUUUCUUGGUGUUGCGGAAACUACGUUGGUUACCGUGUGGCACGAAAUUUUUGCGGGUUCUAAUUUUUGCGAUUUUUCUAGCGAUCCGCAAAAAUCAAUGCCCGCAAAUAAACAUUACCGCAAAGAUUUUUGCCGCAAAAAUUUACUCCAGAGUAAAUAUUCUCCAACUUGAAUUCGCUACACAAAAAUACAGUACUAAACAAUCGUGUCUGUUAAAUCACAACUUGUCUUUUUUUAACGGUAUAAAAUGAAAUACUGGUUUAUUGUUUGAAAAUCUGUAUUUCUAUUGCACAUACUCAAUAAACACGAAAAUUUUAUCAAUGCUGUGUACUGGGCACUUUCUGGAAAUCGCAACAAUUAAUUCCCAGCAAGAAAAACCAAUCUGUCGUAAUCGCAGAAAUUAGUUCCCGCAAAACACAAAAAAUCGCCAAUCCGUAAAAAUAAACUCCCGCAAAAAUUUCGUGCCACAUGGCAGCUAUUGUUUUGUGGUAUGGAGUAUUGCUCAACACCUUCUCAAUCUUUUGUAUUACGUCAUUUGGUGACUACUCCCAUCCGCACACCAAGAAAAUAUUUUGAAAAGACUUAGCAAUGAUUCAUGUAAGUGUAAAUGAGAGGGGAAGGUCAGUUUUGAGGAUAGAAAAAAAUUAUAACCUAAUAAGAGGUUUUACCCGGGAUGGAGUCUCUGAGUCUUUGAGGAGUCUCUGUGUCAGUCAGAAACUAUGUUCACCGCGACCCGAAUGUAUUAAUACCAUAGAUUGGAAAUUAACUUCUAUUUAAAGAGAUGCAUUCACUUAUUCCAAGGAAUCUAACCAAUUUACGUUAAACAGAGAGACCGGUUUAGAUACACCCCUGAUGGAACGUUGAGGUUGGACAUUACAAGAACCGGAUGAUUAUGCUUCAAGGGCAUGACUUAGGGAUAUCUAAAAGUUAGCCUGCGUAGCACGCCUUUCCGCGCGAAUUCGUUGGCUUUGCCUCAGGGAGAUGACACAGUGACAUGUCGUGAUAUGAAGCGCUUAGGCGUUGGGAACGCGUAGAAAGCGUUUCCGCGCGGUUUAUGCUUCAGUGGCAUCUCAAGGAUAUACGGUACCUGGAAGUUUCUUUGAGUGUGCGCUUAGACUAUGAAAAAUACAAUGAGUUAAAUUGGUCCUGCGAUAUGUAUAACGCGACGCUCUGAACAUCUACCAAGCGGCAAGUGCGUCAAGUUGAACGACUGCGUUAAUAGGCAACCGUUGAUUUUUAAUAGCCCGUGAAAUUCGAUUGGCUAAAGAUUAAGAGUUGCGUCAUUCCACGCGAUGCUGAAAAUGGUACGAACAAGAUAAGAUUUACUGCGCGUAAUGUUGCAGAAACAGAACGAAAUUCUGCCCAUGCUGCAAUAAUUCACGUAAUAUUAUCAGGGUUGGUCGAAUGUAAUUUAGUCAUUGCAUCCAGGUUGUAUCAUUCGUCUGCGCCUGCCCAUGUGUCCGAAAUUUGUGCAAUGUUGUCUCCGAUGUCGCCUCUCGGCUGGGCUUAUGUAACCUUUUGUAAAACUAAGAAAAAUGGAUUACAGUCGAACCCGCUUUACGGACAUCCGCUUAUGCGGACACCCCUUAAUUACGGACAGUUUUCUUUGUCUCUGGGGAAAGCUCUUAUAUUUUCUCUAAAAUUCAACUCGCUUAAUACCGACAUCCUGUUAAUGCGGACAACGGGGACUUGUUUCUUACCCAAUCAACAGCUUCUCAUAGAAAGUCAACCUCAAUAAUGCGGACACUUCAUUGUCAACUGCGUGCUGUAAUAGACCUUUCCUUUCUGAAAGUAAAAAAUACUUUACUUGACAUCAUGUCGAUGUUCCUAGCGAUAUAGUACACCGAAUAGGAUGCAUUAUAGCCGCCAAUUUCAGACUAUUUCAGCAUCAAAAGAGUUAUCUAUAGAGCGAGGUAUUGUUGAGUGACUUUUUAGUGUUUGCGUGGAGUUAGUCCGCGGAAUGAGGGCUUCAUGAAGGCUAAAGAAGUUUUAUUGAAGAUGCCAAUGUCCUCGUUUUUUUCUUUUAGUAUUUUCUUCUAAUAAAAAGGUGUUUUACUUUUAUAACAUGACCGGCUUAAAGGAGCUGUGUCACGGCGAAAUUCAGCUGAAAUUAGGAAAUUACAAACUGCCCGUUAAAUUAAGAGAAACCUAAAAAUAACUACUUAAAACUUUAAAGGAAGGUUAAAAUAACAUAACAGAAACAACAGAUGCCACGGAUGGGCAAAACUGAAGAAGAUUGAAACGGAUUGAUAUUACGGUUUUUGAAAACUGUUCAGCCUAACAGUUUUUAAAAGUUGAUCCCUGCUGCUUGCAACUUCAAAACUGCUCAGGAGACAUAUUUGCUUGUCACGAAUCUCUGAUGAUUUUGUCAUUUACAUGUAAUUUCUUUGCUUUAAUAGUUUAAGUUCCAUAGCGAUUGAGGGUGAGUAAUUGGCAAAAUUAAACAAAAUGAACUGGACUGCCGUGACACAGCCCCUUUAAUACACCCCGUUAAUACGGACACUUUCUGCGACACCUUCAGUGUCCUUAUUAACGGGGUUUGACCGUAUUGACUUGGUGUGACGCAAAAGUUGUCGACGUUUCUUCAUUCCGCCUGACGAGAUUGCAAUGAAAUCAAAAAUCCACGCUGACUACUUUCUACCAUAUAUGCAUGGUGUUUUACGGAGAAUUUAGGAGUUAUCACACUUGUACGUCCGUAGAGUCCACCAGAAGUCGAUUGUAUGACGUUUUAUCCCGGGAUUUGAAGCAUUGAAGUCGUUUCAUUCCGGUCAUUAACUCAAGGGUAUAUUGCACUACUUUGUACGUCAGCUCAGACGUAAUACGUACGUAAAUCCUACAUCCUACCGGUAAAUAACUGCCGGUUGUAAUUUGCUGCUCCAAGUUAAAUAAGGUUUAAAAAAUCCAGCAGUGAUCACUAAGUUAAAAUAUAAAUUUAGUGUAAUAAUACUUGAAUCAGCAAAGUUCAAACUACAUUACAAGCUCAGGUCGGGUUCGAGUCGAGUUUUUUGCUAUGUUUUAAUCAUGCUUUUUUAAAUAAUUAUUGUAGGUUUUUGCUUUUCAUUUGGUUCCUUUACGUCACUAAUAUAUAAGAAAUAAAAUAAGCCAAAAUUGCAAAAUUUCCCUCAAUAUCACAUUAUUUUACCCAUACUGUAAAUUAAAAAGGUCUGUUCAAGUCUAAAAAGCCAAUUUAGCUCUCCAGGCGAUGUCUGAUUCAGCCUCUCCUGGAGCCAUUUGAGGACAAUUUAAGCCGAAAGAGCAACAUCAAAAGCCCAUUCAAGCGAUUUCAGCCCGUGGGUCCAAAUCAGCCUUAGGUAAUCAGUGGACUGUAUUGGCCUUGCUUAAGUGAGCCAAAUUAGACUCUGAAAAAUAGUACUGUAUUUUACUAACCUAAACGGCCCAAUUUUUAAGGCUAAAACGGGCCCCAUUUGUUCAAAAGGUGGACAACGAUAACGCAGUUGGUUUCUCUAACAUUUAUCCAAUGGAUAGUGAUUUAUCUGAUGGAUUUUGAACAAUUUGGGUCAGAUCUUUUUGAUUUACACGCUGUAUACCCGAAAUUAUAAGUCGUUUCACUGAAAUGAAGAGGACCAUCAACCAAACUCGUAAACCGUAAGCCCCAAACAUUGACUGUUCCUGUCUUAUUCAGUGCUGGAAAGGCAUAUGUCUAAGGUUCAGUAAAUAUUCUAAAUAGAUAUUUGCAGGAAGGAAACUCAUUGAGUAGCCCGAGUUGAUCAUACCUGUAAUUGAAAAACUAAGACUAGCACUAAUGAACCAUUGUAUCUAAAGCUUUUGAUAUAAAAUGUUGGAUAAAGAUAACACUUCACUUGUUUGUUUGUUUUUCUUUUAGGAUUCGCCCACCGUAACACUUUCGUGUCUCGAAGUGUUAAUUAUUUGCUUUUUUUGAACUUAAUCCAACAUGACACGAUUUACAUCAAUGAUUUUUCCCGCGUCUAUUGCGAAGGUUUUGUUUUCACCCACCAAUGCGCAUGGAGUCCUUUGUUUCAGGGAAUUUUCGAGACAGGGUAUUUUAAUUCAACGAACAACUCAGUAAAAUUCAGAAAAUUAAAGGUUAAAUCACACUUGACCACAUGAAUCAUCGUGAAAUAUUAUUUGGGAAGGGCCACACCGUGAAAACAAAGAGAAACGCUUUAUUUUCAAGUUUAACGCUGAAAUGGCCAACAAAUAUGUAGCUUUAGUAACUUCUAGAAUCCGUCAGUUCUUUUCAGACUUCAUUUGUUGUGUUGAGUUCACGCUACCAUUACUCCAGCAACGCGUUGUGCCGGUGACCACCAUUAACUUUGUUUGUAUCUGUAGUUUCACAAUGGGAUUAAAGAUAUUGAAGACGUUCAUCAAUUAUUUAAGAGGCUACUUCAAAUAAUUCGUUGAGGUACGUAGCCUUUCUUUCUGGCUCUCCUGGCCGAUAACUCGUUAUUUCUCAAGUCUCUACCGAGGCAAAGAAACCUCCUUUUUAUAUUUUCAAAGCUUGAAAGGCUUCGAAACAUUGAGCAGUCAACCAAGGUAUUUUGGUAUUUGACUUUGCACUGUGUGAGAGAAAGAGACCCAAUAUAUUCACUUGUCGACCCACGCUGUCGACUUUACGGAGUCGUAUUUUUUCCUCCUCAUGACUUUCCAACGAACGACCGCGUGGGAGGCCGUGUUCAUUGUAGCGCAGGAACGAUAGUUUGGCCGCAAACAGGAAAAAGCUGCACACCAUGAAAUCAUUUGCACAGUAGGUGGUGAUAAUAAUUACUCUGACAUCACCAGAGAAAGCGGAAAAAAACUCACCUUCGAGGCAUGUAGUUUGAAAAGCAAAAUGCAGAAUUAGUAUGUCAAGUGCGACAAACCGUAAACAACAAACAGCUGAACGAACAGACAAAGUAAAUAUAAAAUGUCGAGGAAUUCAAACGUCCUAUGUACCUGUGCAUAUGGAUAUGGACCCAUAAGCAGUGCUGUAUGAAACCUGAAACUGCCUUCUCGAACUAUCGCGAAAAACGUUGGAUUGGCUUACAUUUCGAUACAUUAGGUCAAUAACGUGCCGUAUUUCAUUGCAAGCGGAGCUUAAAUCCACUGAGGGGGAAAGUUAAUCACGUGACAGGCGUGUCUUCAAAUAUUACGCAAUCAUGUCAGUUUAAUCGAAUCAAAUUGUUUAUAAGGAUGAUCGUAGAAUUUGGUGUUCAGAGAUUAAGAGGGUGUUUAGAGUAGUCCUUGUGAAAACUUAGAUGUUAUCAUGUGUCAUUGUCAGGUGACCACCCAGCUUCCCGCGCCACCCCUCCGCAAAGGACUUGGCGCAACAAAACAUUCCUGGUGUAAAACGUACGACUCCACAACGAAGUGUGGCGUGUGAUAGAGUAAAUGCGACAGUCACAGUUUGUAUUGUUGAAUCCUUAAAUUAUUCUGCAUGAAUUUAUCAACUAUUGGUUAAAGUUUGAACAAUUCCUAAAUUUGCAGAUUUCAAGUAUUAGGUAUUACUGAGCAAACACGACAUUGCUAGGAUGACAGGUAAAACUUAAGUGGCCAAUUAAGUAAAAUUUUCCGUUCUGUAUACCACUAUCAACACCGUUACGAUGGCUUCUUACACAACAUUAAGUCGUCAUAAGCACUUGCUUACCAACAAACCAGUGACUUAAGAGACAAACUGAGCAUAAACUAAAGAAAAAAAGGCGGUUACCGAAAGGAUACCAUAGUUGCACGACUUCCAUGGUGAUCAAGAGCAGAGAUGACAGAGGUUAGAAGAACGUCACACUUAGAACGUACACUGUUCAAGUUUUUGAGAUCCGAACAACCUCAAAACCAAGCAAACAAAAAACGCUCUGAAAGGAUUGUAAAUCCUCUGCACAACCACAAAAUAACUACCGCCGAACUUGUUUUUUAUUUCUUUGCUGGGAGAGGAGAGGUUGGCAGGAGGGGGGGGGGGGGGGGGGGGGGGUGGGAAGGGGGAAAAAAAAAGGGGGGUGUUGUGGGGGUGGAAAGUCACCCUUCUCUUUCGCUCUAAUUUUUUUUUUUUUAAAAUAUAACAGUCAGAUUUUUAGAAAAAAAAAAUAUAUAUAAAAAUGAAAAAUGGGGGGGGGGGGGGGGGGGGGGGGGGGGGGGGGGGGGGGGGGGUGUUGAUGAAAGGGGCAAAGAUAAAGGGAGCUUUACUGCGUCUGAAAUCUCACCUUUCCUUUGGCCUUAAUGUUUGAUUUUUCAAGAUAACUAUGCCAGAUUAUUGAGAAAACAAAUAUUUCAGAAAUUAGGAAAAUCAGUGAUACAUCGCAUUUAUGAAAAAACUGCCUAACCUGUACAGCAAAUUAACAAAUAAUAUUGGUAUCUGUUUCGGUUGGCUGGUUUAUCAGUAGUAUUCUCUGAAACGCAGCCACAAUUUGUAAAAGUUAAUUAGCGAGAUUUCCCUAAGUGUUAUGGCUGUCUUUUCAACUUUCUUAGCUACGAAAAAGAUAGUCUUCAAAGAAAGCUCCUUUCUAAAUCAACCGUUUAGUUUCCCCCGCCGGCUUAAUUCCCGCAUGGCGUCAAAACAGCUGUUUCCUGAUCAUUUUACGUUUCUGGGAAACUGCCCACCUACCCCUCCCCUAAGCGUUAAUGUUGUUUGGCUUAGGGGAGGCGUAAGUGGGCAGUUUCCCCAGAAACGUAACGUAAAAUAAUCCUCUAUUUGCCCCUGCACGUUUGCUCAGUCAUCCGAUCAAAAACAUUAAAAUAACCAACACACAGGCUGUUUUAAAAUUUCGAAAUACCUGCGAACUAUUGCAUGAAAUGAAUUGUCUCAGUAGUUUAUUACAGUGGAACCUCGAUAUAACGAAGGGCCAAGGGAUUGGCAAAGCCUGAUCGCUUUUACGAAGUUUCGUUAAAUGGAGGUUUUUUCCCAUAUAUUUUACUGCUACGGGGGCAAAAAAUAUCGUUUGUUAUACCGAGGACUUCAAAUGCGGGUGGACGACUCCAAGGGGAAAAAAACACAUGAUUUAAAUUGUGUUCACAUUCUUAAGGAGAAAAAUUCAUCGAUUUAGGCCUAUUGACGUCACCAUAAAAAGUAAAAGUAUUCUUUCGCCAUGUAGAGUAAAAAUGACACUCAUCCCCCACCAAUUUAUUCAGCAACAUUGUGGUUGGUACAUCACGAUCCUAGGGUGUCUGCUUGCGUUUGAAGACCGUGAUUGCGUUUAUAAACCUCUCUCACACAGACUUAAUAUGAGCGGAGUUUCUAGCUCUUGUAGUAAUUAGAGCAAUUAUUUCUUGCAAUGCGGAACUUGGAAAUAUAAUUGAGGUAUGCCGCAGUGAAUAGAAGACAAAAUAACUACCGAAAACAAAAGAGGUAAUACUGCUUUCCUGCCGAUAAUUAACUCGAUUUUUUUGCUUAAGCCUUGUGAUAUUGGUAACAUGACAUUCCACGGUAGCUAUCGGGGUGGCUUUGUUUUUCUAAGAUGCUGGUUUAAGCCGACGUCCGUAGAGUAACUUCGCUUUAUUUGAGAUCUUUGUUAACGUUUUUCCAAUCUGAUGUUCUUUGUUACGUAAUUAAUAUCUCUAAGAAGAGAUGAAAGCCUUACUUAGGUACUUAGCUUGGGCGGAAUACAUUUUCCUAUAUUGACCCUUUUUCUGAUACUUUGGAAACUUUUCCGCUUUUCCUUGUUUUCAAUUUAUCGAUCUGUUACAGAUAUAGCAAGAAACAUUAAAAAAAAUUGAGAUUUGCAAACAAGAAAACUUAAGCCAGAGCUUAAUGGACGGAAACGAGUACUAUAUGAGAUUGUGAUAAAUUUUCUGAGAGACACGAAUCAACCCGUCCACUUUAUAUAUUAUGUAUUCUGACGAGUUCAGCCUCCUUGUCGGCCACCGGCGACAGCACUUAUAUAAAGAUAAGCUGAUGCGUGAUUAGGUUUCGCUUGACUUCCUUCACCCUUCCGAUAAAAGCUGUUAAAGAUCGAAGUAGCGUUGCUGUCAGUGCAGCUUGUUUGAAAGCAAAAGCCGUUACUUUGAAGUUGAACUGUUUCAGGUAGUACAUAUCCGUUCUUUACAUACCCGCCUUAAUACUUGAAUCUUCAAAGCAUCUUCAUUCGUUGUUUUCUUUUCUUUCUUCUUUCAAUCUUGGCUCUUGUUUGAGAAGUUGAAAAGCUGCCAAUGAAAAUGUAAUCACGUUUUUGUAGAUAUUGUACGGUCGCAAUUGGCAAAUACCUUCUAGUAAAAACGUUUUGUUUUUAUGAAUAAUAAUAAUAAUAAUAAUAAUAAUAAUAAAAGAAUAAAAUACGUGACACUUCACUGCGAUGUGUAAAAGAAACGGUAUGAUAUAUUUACUUUAUUUAAACGAGAGAAAAAGGUCGGUUAGACGACUGAAAUAUAUUUAUACAAACUAAUUGCACAUUGGAGAAAGUAAACUACAAAAGCACGUCAUGUGACAUGUUGUUUAAGGAUGUUGUAACUGUAGCCACGAAUUUCAAAGCUUUCAGGAAUUCAGCAAAAUCGAAGUUUUCGGUUAUUUUGUGGGGAAAAAGUAUAUAUGUGUGUGUAUAUAUAUUGGUUUGCAAGUAUUUCAGCACCACAGUGAAAUUUUUCGCGAGGCAGCUGGGGGUAAAUGAUGCGUGAAAGAUUUGAUACAAAGACACCUGACCAUUGAUAUUAGAUUGUCUUGGCGACAAAGAGUUCGCCAGUUGAUGUUAAACUUUUACGGCUGAAAACGUGUUUAAACAAAAGCGUCAAAAAUUUGAACAUUCAGGACGUUCGGCCCUCGAUUGAAACAAAAUCAGUAUUUACUGUUUUUGCCCUAAUAUCGCAGUUUUCUUCGUUAAGCAAAAUUUACAUCACAGAACCCGCAAAUAAUUUAUUUUAAUUCCUUUAUUUUUGCUGAGCUUUUACUAAAUGUCUAUUCAAAACCACUCUAAAAAGUUCGUUAAUUAAUCUCAAAGCUGUUUUUUUAUUGUCUGCUUCAUUGUUCCAUGAACCGUGAUAGGCCAUUAUAAUAACAAGUGGCAGAGUGAAAAACAAGUCAGGAUACGAGGAGUUUUGACAUCAUAAUAGCUUGCACUUAUUUGACGCACGCCAGUUGUAAGACGAAGGGUUGAAGGCGGGACGAGCUGUCGACUCAUCGACGAAUUUCUUCCAAGCGACUUAUUCUUCUUUUACAGAAACAGAAAAACGAUAAUUCCAAAGUCUUAAUUUGAAGCUUCCAUAAGGUGAAGAUUCAACGACACAACGAAAAGUACUGAAAAGGCGCCUUCAAAAACUCAGUUAGGAUGAUGGUAAGUUUUUUUUGCGCCAAAAGUUACAUAAAUUAGGCAGCCCUUCGUCCAUAACAAACCUCAAGCCUCGGUAAGCAUAGAAAUUUGUUUCAGAUAUCUCGAAAGAGACAGUUUCUUUCAUACCGUUCUCCAAAACGUGGCAAAAAUCAGAUCAUGCAACUCACAAUAGUUUUUCCAAAAUAGCUGGCAUUUCUGUUGCUCAGAAGUGUGAAUUAUCUCUUUGACUACCUAAAGAGUUUGGUAUUUUUUCCUGUUUGAUCCUUAUUUGUAACUCACACAUCUAGCCUCAGGGUCUUUAAUCUACUAACACAUGCAAAACACGGGGCAGGUAUAUCCUUGAAAAAUAUAUUAUAACAACAGGCGCCAUCUACUCAAAUUAUUUGAUAUCACAAUUUUAUAUUGGUUACACAAAUGGUAAACGUGUUUAUACGGCCGACUUAGGAAUUCACGCAUGGUCGAUUAAGCCUAUUCAUAAAACAUGUGCGACCACUCGAGGGUAAAAUUAAUUACAAGCAUGCCAAAAUUAGCACAAAAAAAGACCGUUAUUUCACAUCUCACACCUUGGCAUUAUUGGAGCUUCAUGGCACAAUGCCACUGAAAGAAAGAUAAAGAUUUACUCUUAUCUAACCUAACGAAAUCUCUGUCGCUGUCAAAGAAGAUUACUUAAGUGUGCUGGUUACAGCUCUAUGUUUCUUGACUCUCAGACUGAAAUAUUGCAGUGGUAUUUAAUUUAUUGCAGUCGGAAAAUUUACGACCUGCUUACUAAACGAAGGCUAAACAAUAUCGCUAAACCGUCUCAGAUAUAUACAGGAUCUACCAACCAAUCCACUAAUAAAAUAACACUUUUUAGCAUUAGAUGCUUUAUCCACAAGAUAAACGCAUAGUGUGGCUUGUAGCAAAGUCAUGGUUGAAAUAUUUUCAAAUUUAUUUAUCCAAGUGAACUUUGCAGUUGAUUAAAUUUACAGUGUUUCUUCCCACUUGAUUUUUUAGACGGAAAAUUCGUAAUGGGUGCCUUUCGAAAUAUUGCACUUUCAUAAUUAAGCUUUUCUAGAGUAUGACGUCAUCUAAACCCUUUUACAUUUUAUCAGGUUUUGGAAUCUUCAAUCUUUACAAAUCAACAGAGCGUAUAUUUGAACAAAGUUUAAUUUCACAAAAGAAGACACUGCAAAAAAAAAAAAGCUUUUCCAAAACGUUUUGUUCUUUAGUAUAAUUCAUCCUGCAGUUGCUUAGAAACUAUUGUAAACAGGAGCGCGUAAACACAUUUAAGAUAAUAGAUCGUAAAGUACUUUCUUUCAGAAAAGAACUCAAUACAACUGUUAUUAAUGGUUCUCAAUAUUAGAAAUAUACCGCGUAGCCUUCAUCUGUUCCACUGCUCGCAACAUGGGGCACUUAAAACAAGUAUGUAAAGCCGAAGUAGUUCUAUUUCAAUACCAUAACUCUGCGGUUUAUUUCAAUUUCCAUUUAAGUGCGCAGAUAGACCUUUAGCGGUCUAGAGAUACAAACGAGAAAAAAAGUAUGAAGCUUUUGUUUAGCAAACAUAGAAAAAAUUUUAGAAACAAGACCAUAAGGAAGAAUGAUCGAGUCUUCAAAAUGAUUUAAUCUGGAGGGAUCUUCAGACAUCUUCUUAAAAAUAGGACAUCAUCUCAAACAAGUAGAUUUAACGCAUUCAUUUGAAUGACCACUCCCCCAGAUUUUAAAGUUUGUUCCACGGACUAUGCGAUUAGAGCCUACUCGUAAAGUAUAACGAACAGUACAAAAGGAAAGAGAUGCCAGUAACACAAGGUGAAAGUCACCAAGUAUUGGAUGCUGUAUCAGGGACUUCCACCUUGCACCAUAGGGGACAGGAAAUAAUACGCUUGGGCAAAAACAAUUUCCGUAGAAAUUGUAACAUUUCUGUGAAUAUCCGCAACCGCAACUUUGUAACCUUGUAUAUUUACUCGCCGCCUUUGAAGUAGCUUAAUAGCCUCAUAAAAAAUUACGACACUUUCAGUUUUUCUUCUUGUAUUUUUUGUCGUUGAAAUGGCUCUGGAUUCUAACUUACACUUAAGUUAAAAAUGAGGGAGAAAUUUUAUAAACUCAGAGAAAAAGGUCAGUUUUACAUUUUUGUAACAUUCCAGGCUUGAAUUUGAGAAGAGCUCACUUUUGCUGAGGUGCCUACACUCAAACAGCAAGAAAGCUAGAGAAACUGAGAACUUUCUAAAAUAAUUUGUAAGUGUAAAAGUUGACAGACUUUUAAUUUUGUUUUGUCGAGUUGUUAAAAAUGUUUUUUUUUACGUAUUCAGUAUUUUCAAGGCAGAAUGAAACAAUUUUUCGCUUAAUUCCGAUGAUACUCAGGUUCAAAUUUAAAUUAGUUCAAACUGACAAAAGAUAAUUUACUUGCUGUAGCUUCUGCUUGCUGCUAUACCACGAAAAUGCAUUUCAAAAAAGUCAAAGUCAGCUUUGAUGUUCUUCUUUCUAGAAGGAAACCGAUAAACUGUCAUGGAUUUCGGUCAUAACAUCAUCUCUGGAAAUACGAAAUAUUGGCACUUACAUAUUAUAUUGUUUUCAAAUAUUGCACGUUUGGGUUUUAUUGCAGUGAUACUUUAAUAUAUGAGUGAUAGCCAAUAUAUGUACAGCUACGAUAACAUCAAGUAGGCAUUUUAGUGUUGCAUAACCCAUUGGAGGCAUUUAUAUCAGUAUGUCGAAAUUAUCCAAUACAAAAUUUGGCCAAAACAAAUAAUAUCGAAACUCUGCAAAGAAUACUAACCACCGAUCUUGUGAAUCAACGUUUGUUCUUUACACUUCAGUUCAGUGAAUGUACUAUAAGUAACAUCCUUUUAGGAAGACUAGGAAUGAUUGCAUGAAUACACAUGAUUAAUGUCAAUGUUCAAAAAUUGUUUGAAAAACCUUACUUUGUUUAUAAAUAGACUUACGGUCAAUUAACCGCACAGCUUUUUACGUCAUUUCGUCAGCACUCCUGGAAUAAAAGACUCUCUGUGUUUGCAAUAAUGCAACGUAAUACCAAAACAGUAGAAAAACAACGUUAGAUUAAAAGUUCGUAAGAUGAGAAAGUUCGUUCUAUUUGUAAGUAACCAUGGCGAAUUUCCAGAUUAGUUCAAGUGUAAUUUUAAACACUUUCACAACAUAACAACAAGUAUUGCUCCUAGAUUACCUCCUUUUUAUUUGUACAAGACUCGAACCCGGCUACAAAAUGAUAAUUGAAGAAAAGUCACAAGUAUUUAUGUCGAACGAGAGAGAAAAUUAAUGUAGUCACUCAACAAACUUAGGGCCAAUAAAAUGCAAGCCAUAGGCUUAAAAGACAAAAAAGAGCUCCGUUUUAACUUAUGUGGUCGGUGUUUUUUAGUUUUCUGUUAAUAUUGGCUAUAAAAGUUCUCAUUUUGCAUUUCUUCGACGAAAACGUAAGCUUUAACUCAAAUUUUGGACUAUCUAUAGAAGUUCAACUGGAAAUUCCAUCAUGGUUAAAAAUAUCGUUUCAUCUCUUGUAUCUUCCCUUUUUUCUUUUCUUGAUAGUAUUUUGGUAUUUUCAUUAGUUUGAAGAUUUUUGGAUAAUUUUGUUAGAUUUGACCUCCUUUGAAAUAAUCGGUAUUAGGAACAGGAUUUUCAAUUAAUCCAUUUUCUGCUGAAUGUUCAUGAAUAAGGAAUGAUCAAAGGCGAUUUCAUAUCAUCUUCACCUUUGAAACAAAAAACAAGGAACCACAUAUUGCAGGAAGAGUAAAGAUCGCAGCCGCGUCACUUCAAAUUAACAUACGGCCAAAAGGAGUAAGCCUUCAUUCAAGAACGACCAAACGUCUACCCUGUACAACAGAAUACUAUAGAAUUCAGUUUAUCUGAUUGAAACUAGGAAACCUGAAUAAAUAUUUUUCUAGACGAAUAAAUUACUUGAGCAAAACUAAUAUAUAUUUUAUACUAAACGCUCUAUUAAUCAGUCGAAUAUCAUCCUAAUCAAUUUCAUUCCUGCGUUUUUAAGGUAAAUUACGUCAAUCUUCACGUUGGCCGAUGAGACCUUAAUUUUCAGGAUAACGCCAAAAGUUACUGAGACUUUGACAUCAUGUGUUAUGCGUUGUAUUUACCUGCAGGUCGAUAACAUCGUUAAAGGCCUGAUAAAUCAAGUGAUAAGUUACAUAUUCGUUUCAGCCCUGGGCUCGACUUUUAACUGUUUCCAGAGCCGGGAAAAAAACUUACCCCAAGUAGAGUUCAUUAGUUCUGAUCCUUUUGUCUUAAGAUCGACGACACAAAGGUUUUUUUCUUCUUUUUGAAAACUAGUCAAAAGGUGCCGCGUAUCCGUCGGGUUAUUUGUGUGGUUUCCUUUUGUUUCUUUUCGUCUUUCAAUAACCGAGUAAAUAAGAUACGGAAAUAAUAAGCUUUGUUUACAAUUUCUUUCACGUAAUAGCCAUUAGUUAUAUUUGAGCAUCUCUGCUAGCGGAGUGACUCUCAAUAGUUGAUCGGAAACUCAAAAGAGAAGGCCGAUAUCGAAAAAUGUUUUUAUAUUUUUCAUGUUGCUAUUUUUGUUUUUUGACUUGCGUUGAAUGGGCCAUUUGGUAUAUUUUCGAUAAUAUGGCUAAUUCAAAGACUACGUAACGUGUAUUGUGUGGGUGCAACUUAAUACUACGGCGUAUAUUUGUUAGUAUUUUAGUUUAACUAUCAUACAUUGUGGUUGCAAUCUCUGAAACUGAAACAUUUAACAACUCUUAACACCGCGUAUUUAGUGAUAGCAACACUAAAUUAACGUUUCUAAUCAAAACUUUUAUCGUGCUUAAAAGCAUACUUCAACGAAAGUGUACAUUUUAUUUUUGUCCAUUUGUUAAAAAAUGCAGGCCUCUACGAUCGAAACCCAGGCUCCUUCGAGGCCUUCGUUCAUCUCUUCAAAAGUAAAACCUCAAAGCGAGGGCAAAAAUCCAAGAUAUUUUGCAUUCACGGAGAAAGAUUUGUAUAACUGCUUGCAUCAGAAGAGUGGAAAUGUGGAACCAAUUGAUUCUGAAGAAGCCAGAGGCAAGAAGCUGGAAGAGAAUAGCUUGCGAAAGGACACACGUUCUUCAUGUAAGUGAGAGCAUAUUUUUUUCUUUUACAGAAGUUUGGUUCGUUUCGUGUUCGGUUGUGAGUUUUAGAAUUACGAGAACGUGAAUAGCAAAAGAACCUCACACCAAGAGAAGAGUGUUGUUUCUGAUUUGUAAUACUGUAUAGCUUUCAUUUCAAAAGACUGGGCAUACUAAGGUACAAAUCAGUGCCAUAUUGUACAGCCAUUUCCAUUAAACAGCACCACGCACCACAGUAGAGCACUAGCCGGUUUCAGUUUAAAAGGUCACACUUUAGCACAGACUCAAAAGUUACAGCCACAUUAAAAAUAGGCUACUGAAAAUUACAAGAGAAUGGGAGUAGCAAUACACCGCGACCAAAAACUUGGCCUUGCCCCGCAAAGCAAGCAGAAAGGUCGUUUGAAAAUGUAAGGGAUUGCGGUGUGGCGCGCACUGAGAUUUACUAUAUUGCGCGAGCUUUUUUUCAAAGCAGAAUAUAUUGCCUAAUAUCGGAAAGUUUAUUAUUGAUUAAGAAGAAGCAGUGCGAUGAUAUUUGUCGCAGUAAGCUUUCAGGAGCUUGUCACUCAAAAAAAUGCAUAAGGGAAUAUAUUGCUUUGAGAAAAUUCAUAAAUUGAUUUAGUCAGGAAGAGAAAGGUGAUUGAAUUUAAUGUUUCCCUUUGCUUUAUCAUAGUCUGUAGAACCUGCAACAAAGUGUACGCGAUCUGCUGUCCAAUACACCCAUCUUACAAAUCGACCGAUUCUGACUCCAACCUGGACUGGGACAGCUAUGCCAUCAAGUCGUUCCCGGAUGUGGUUCAACUGUGCAAGUCCAGCGUGCCUGGAAAGACCUACGGAGUGUGCGCAAGACAGCACAUCCCGGUGGGUACAUGGAUUGGUCCUUAUGAGGGAAGAAGGGUGGCACCAGAUGCUAUCAAGCCUGACAUGGACUCUGACUAUUUGUGGGAGGUGAGAGUUACUUGGAGCGUUAAGAUACUCUAAGAGCCCAUUCCCUCAGAUUCAUGACUUCGUCAAAAAAAAUUCUCAAUAAACCAAAACGUAAAGGUAGUGCAAGCAAUAGGGGACGACUGACAUCAUCAAAGUGUUUGAACCUUGAAAGCGACGACCAAAAAAUUUUUACUAAAGGAAUCUAAUUACCGUACUUGUUCCACUUUGUUAGUCUAAAAGAUAAUGGAAACUGUUGAGUCAUGGAGCCCUAGAUCCUUAGAAAAUGGAAGAAUUCAAUCUACUCACAUUAGCUUCUUUUACUGAAAUUUCGCUUUGCAAAUUUUCGGCAAAAUAUCUGUUGCCCGCCUAUAACUACAAAAUGUCAAGUGACAAACAUGAUUACUGAUGACACUUCCAGCCUUCACUUUACUCCUAUGCUUAAUAACAGUUUACGACGUUAUUAAAAACAUUGUCGCCCUUUUAAUUCAGAUCUACAAAGAUGGAAGGCUCAUGUACUAUCUCGAUGCCACCGACGAAGAAUCUUCUAGCUGGAUGAGGUUUAUAAAGUGUGCACGCCAUAGAAACGAACAAAACCUGUUUGCCUUCCAGUACUGUGGUAACAUUUACUAUCGAGCAUUCAAAGAGAUUCCUAUAGGAACAGAACUGCUGGUGUGGUACGAGGAUAUCUACCCACAAUACUUCGGCAUCCCCAUCAGCAUACACGACUUAAACUCAAUGGGUGAGUCAGCUGAGCUUAGAUGUUUCUUCACGGCUGAUGCGCAGACAGUAGUUCACGUUCGAACCCUUGACUACUACUGCAAUUUUUUCUGAGCCAAAUGUUGCGAGUUUUAAAAAGCAUUACAACCCUCUGAGUAAAUAUUAUUGAGAAGUAAUAAUCGCAAUACUGUUCCACUGAGUGCGACUAUUUAAAGGAAGGCUCCAUGCGAUACUUAUCCGGGCGCUUUUUAUCUAUAUGUAGUACAAAGUGGAUAUGUGUCCUAAAAUUCUAAAGGCUCUGUAAUUCUUAUUGAGAUCCACCCCAGAAAAUUAAAACAAUGUUUUUAUUCACGUUUUUUUUUUUUCUCUAGGUUCGAGGUCUUACCCAGUUGUAGAAGCUUCAUAUCAAGACGGUCAAAAGGUCUCUUCAAUGACUACUCCAAUUUCAGUAACUGCAACAGAGGCAACCCAACAUACCUCAGCACCGAGCCAUAGAAAGUCACCCCACCACGCACCAGUCUCACCGAAACAAAGAUCCCGGCUGUCGCCUGGCCUGACGGAAAGAGAAGUCUACGCAAGGAAACAGACACAACAGGAAACGACGUUCAAAAGAAAACACGAGGAGAACGACUCCACUGGCAUUCCGAAAAAGUUCAAAUCACAGCAGUCUUCUAAGAAUAUGACAGAUGGUCAUAAGGAGAUGCUGCUGCAGUUAGAGGAAGCGCGACUCAAAGACAAAAAAGAUUUGCCUUGUGAAUGGCCUCGUGUAGCGGAUGGGGAAUUCAUCUUGGAGAACGGCGAACCAAAAAUAUGGCAUUGUGGUCAGUGUGACAAAUCAUUCGCACAGCGUGGUCUGCUUCAAAUGCACAGUUGCACAAAGAAUACAAAAAGACCUUACCAGUGUGGCCAUUGUGCUCAGGAGUUUGCCCACCCCAAUGAGCUGCGUACGCAUGCUGUCAUUCAUUCAGGGAAAAAGCCAUUUAAAUGCGGAUUCUGUGCGCGCACCUUUGCAGGAGCCACGACUCUAAAUAAUCACGUGCGCACGCAUACAGGGGAGAGACCUUUUUCGUGCAACAAAUGCCACAGAUCAUUUUCACAGGCAUCCCAACUCAGUAAGCAUAAGAGAUCUCUCUAUGACUGUUUCGCUUGAGAAUUUUAAGUUUUCGUUUGUUUUGUAAUAUUUUCGUACAUAAGUACAUUUUAAUUGGCUAGUCUAGGGAUCUCCUUCAUUACCUGUAUAUAAAAAAGUUUCCCUAAAAGUUGAAAAUUUGUGUUAAUAGUUUCAUCUAUGGGUACGUAAACUGAAGGCUGAGAUCUGAAAUCAAGCUAGUUGAUAUUUGAAAAAUAAGCUGAAAGGUUUCCGCGUAAAAAAAAGCCAAGAUUGUUCACAAAGUCCUCGGGCAAAGUGCCUGAGUAGGUUAGUCGCUGGGCAGUAAUUUGAAAACACCCUAUUUUCAUGUAACUAGGCCCGAAUUCGGCGGUGCCGGAGUACAAGGUCUCGGCCUAAUACACAUUUUAGUUUUGUAUUAGUUCUUGACAAUCCGCUGCUUUGUCUACCCAUACCUUCCUGCUAAGCUCACGUUCCAAAAUGGAGUCUGACGGCCCGAAAUGCAGUAAAUAUGCCGUUACAGUUACAUAUCGGGUCAAAGAGUAAACUCAACACCAAUUUGUUCAGGUACCCGGGCACUAGUAUUCGGGCAUCAAGUUUGACCGAACAUAGACUGACUUAAGAUUCCAGCACUACAAUCUAUUGUACGCCCGCGCCCUUGUAUAGAGCAGCAUUGUACAGAACUGUCUUCAAAAUACACCGUCAAGGUUGAAACUUAAAUCUUAUAAGUUUGACUCUUUUUUCUCAGUUUACGGAUGUAUUACCUACGCAGGUCUCUUUGAACUUAUCGUGUUUAAAAGGCGUUAUAAUUUCUUUCAGUUUAAAAAAAAAAAAAAAUUUAUAAAUGGUUAACAAAGUUUACGACGCAUUCAUUCAUUAAGUAGCUAGUAUUUUUAAGUUUCGAAAGAAACAGAAUGAUCAUUCGUGUUUAAUAACCAAGAGUUUUUCCUGCAAUGCUACCGGGUUAUAAGCUCACAAUUAGGUAUUUUUUGUUGGCUUGCGGAGCUUAAUAGUAAAAGACACUUUUUUUUGUCUGUAGUUUAAAACGCGCUUUGUCUGCAUUAGCCAUAAAACUAAAUUACAUACUCGACAUUGUUUAGAUUUAAAUAAAGCCGGAGUGAAAAGAAGCAUUAUUUAAUUUACAAAUAGUAAACGUACAUGUAUAGUAGAUUGUAUAAUUAUCAUCUACGAAAACCGACACUUGACAGUGUCUCAAAGGCAAGGAUUGAAGUAUAUAUUUAUAGAUGUGUUUAUAUUUGGAUAUUUGAAACCCAUAGUGCCUUUAAAAAAGGUUCAUUCACCCAGCGUCACAUUAGUUUUAAUAAUGUGCACUUUCAUGAAGAUUAUUUUGAGCUUGUAAGAUAUCUCUAGUCGUGUUUUAUUAAAAUACUAAUUGUUGUUUUUGACGACAGAGCUUACUGAUCUUUUUUUUUUAUUUCUUACUGGUUAUAACGGCCUUAAACCCCAAAACAAACCAAACCUAUUAAUGCUGAUCUUGCCUAAGCUCUGUUUACAGGGCAAAUUAUACUUCCCUGGAGCGCCAACACUAAAACUGAAGCACCUCUACACGCGGAGCAGAAAGAAAGAAGGGAAAGCACUUGGCUUGCUCGGUCACAUGACCGAGAAGGGGGUGAACGUAAUGACCAUUGACACCUUCAUGAGACCCAGUACCCUCGCCUCUAUCUAAAUAAACUCAGGUUAGAGAGAGAGAAGACCAAAAAAUUCUAUCUGCAAGCGAAAAUUUUGUUUCCGUUUUGUCCUUUUUCUUUUGCUAGAAUAGUGUUAUUGCAGUUCCAGUCUUUCCGCCACCUUUUCUGCUUCCCCACUCAGUCGGUACACUUCCAUGUUGUCUUUCAACCAACCUUCUUAACUCUUCGUUCUUUUACCCCUGGGGGAUUCUUUAUCAGGGGGAGACCAGCCCGAAAGGGGGCCUUUGUAAUUCUAGCGGAUUUUUGAAAACACUGCCGCCAAAUGGACCUUUUUGGUCCAACGCAGCCAUUUCAAAAACUAAGAGCGCAACCAUUGUUUUUUUUGUCUUCUCCUCCUUUCCUUUCCCUCGCUCUUUCUUUUUCUCCUUUCCUUUUCCUUCGUUACUGUGAUUUUGGAGCUUCUCGGGCUUAAGAAACCUGCCUUUUGACGCCUUUUCACCCAAAAGACUGCAAAUUUCGUUAGGUUUGUUUUCAAAAAAUCGUUUGCAAUUAAAUUCGCUUGUUGCUGUCUACUCCUCGUUACACAGUCGGUAGCUCAGAAACUCAGGAAAGGGGACUUUAGGAAGUCAAAAUCGUAACAAUUUCCCGGGGGAACAUGCCCCCAACCCCCCUAGAAGCUUGCGCCUUCGGUGCUUGUUAAGGAAAUCGAUCAGUAUUUAUCUUAGAUCCGCGCGUGAAAACGAAAUCCUUCUUUAAGAGUGAUAUUUAAGACCACGAUGCAUAGGGAUGUGGAAAGGACUGAAAUUAAGGAAAGUGUAACCAUUUUGUCCAGUUGCUCAAACGUUGGCUAACAACUAAAUUUAAAUGUUUAAAUUGAGAACUAAGGGUUACACAACAUAUAUACAAUUUAUCGAUCUGGGGCAAUCGUUUAUACGGUCACUUGCGACAACUUUAUUCCUUUCGAUUUAAAAGAAAAUUAUAAUUUAUUGUCCAGUAGAGUCAAACUAAUUCCAUAGGUUUACGCUUUCUUUACGUUCAUGCAAGAGGAGCGAAAAAUUCAUUUGAAUACCAUUUGAUGAUUUUUAAAUCGGUUUUUGCCAUCUUAGUAUCUUCAUUGAAAAUCAUGAACAUACCGCAAAACACGCUCGGCUCAACUUUUCUAACUUUCAUUUUUAAUCUAACGUAUGAUCCUCGACCAUUAGAACUAAUCGAACUUCAGUGAAGUUCGAUUACGUUCGAUCGCUUUUAUUUUCUUUUAGAGUUUGACGUUACUCGAUUACGCUCGAUAAGUUUGAAUUGAUUCUUGCAGUUACAGCAGCUCCAGCAAUGCGGAUUCCCUGUGGUUAAAAAUGCGCCUGAAAUCUUUGAAGCUGUUUCAUGAUUAUUUGGUAUUGCUUUAAAAACUGAUUCUGGAAACACAUUGGAAUAAAAACAAACCCGAACCAUAAUGAUUUUCUACUCUACCUCAACUAUAAGUUCAUGCUAUUUGGCUUUCGAUGACAACAAUGAAAAUGGAUUGUCACCUGAAAUUAAGACUGGGCCGAUUUUCUUUAAGUCUAUUAACUUUACUAUUGUCGAAAAAUCCGCACCAAAAGCUAUGUGAUCACGUUUUGUCUCCCUUUGAGAGAUCACAAGGUAUCUUUCUCUUAAAGGCCGUGGUACUAAACAAUCGAGCACCAGGUCAGUUUUGACCCGAAAUGAACACUUCAACAACAACUUUAGAAAGCAAUAAGAUUUAAGUCUAGAAAGUUCUUUUCAUGAAACAAAAGCUUAGUUAUUCAGGUUUUGUCCCGAAUCAAUGAUCAUCAUUUGCAAAUUUCAUUGAAAAAUCAUUCAGCAUGACAAGCGGAUUGCAUGAUUAAUAGCAGAACUACGUCGUAAGUUUUAUUUGAAUAGGUAUAGAGCCAGUUAUUGUUCAAUAUCACUUGAGUUAGUACUUCCCGCGAUAAGUGAACUUUCGUUUAAAAACAACCCACCCAGAACAAUUCGUGAGUAAAGUGCUAUAUAGUUUGAAUAAAACAAGGACUAAGAAUGCUUGUGUAAACUGACCAUUUUCCAAUAAAUUUAGCUUAGAUGUACUUAACUAUGGCACAUUCUGAAGAUUUAAACAGACACUUCCCCAGCGUAUUGGUUUAACCAGACACGCUGACAGUUAAAUUCCCGUCUUGGUUCGCGCGUUAUCAAAAGACAUGCAAAUCUGAUAUCCGCAAUUAGUCGCCCACUUUAAAAGUCCGCAAUGGAUAACUUGGAGACUCCUUUUCAAGGCGUUUCAAUUCAGUAUACGUGCAGCAGUCCUUUUGCGUAUCAUUUCAGUUACAGCUGGUACACAGUUAUCAAAAAUGAGCAAAAGGCCUUGUUUUUGAUUACCAGUUGCAAUGCUUGAAUGACCUUAGAAUUUCUAAAACAAUAAACUAACUUUGGCUAUGUAUGCAAAACGUUUUUGUUAAAACCCAGGCUGCACUAGAAGGUUUACGAAAUGUGGGCACAAAUGUUCUAUACAUAUCCUUCUACACAGUUUUAUCUGAUUCCUAAACAUUAAUUUUUAACUCAAGAUAGAUGAUCCUUUUUUCUGCACUUUUGCCAGGUGCAAAAUUUCAUUUAUAAAUAACUUUUCUAACACAACAAGCUAAAGAAAAGUUAGCCAAACUUGAAAGGAACUCAUUAUUAACCAAUCGCAUUGCUGUAAACGGCUUAUUUGGAAGCCAAGCGUGGAUAAGUGACAGGUUUAUGAAAAGAACAUUUCGGAACUUUAAAUCAACGCCCCUUAUUCUCGCGUUAUCAAUUGCAUACGACUUGCUUAUAUAAGUUCAUUGGUGCAUUUUUCCUGUUGCGUGGCACUGAGUAGCCAAAGUUGCUAAGCGCAGGGUUGCAGAGAAAUGUCGUCUUUGUUUAGCGAAGAGACUAAGAGAAGGCUAGAAGUGAAUUUGGUAUGUGUCUCUAAUGAUAAUAGAAUAACAAGUCAUUGCGAAUAAGUAGUUUUUUUGCUUUCAACAGACUUAAUUUGGACACAUGUGGAUCAGGAAUGUUCCGUUUAGUCAAAAGGGGUGGAUUAAGAUAUAAUGGGUAAAUCUUGCUCUGUUUUCAAAUUAUUAAAUUAAAUUGCACCAUUUGAAGAUCUCUUUUUGGUGAAAAAAACUGGUCUUAUGCGAGGUUUGCAUGCUAUUCCACUGAUUCCUCAUUUUUCAGGAAACGAAAUUCCAUCUUUGCAUUUGCAAUUAAGUUAAGGUCCCGUUUUAAAGACCUUAAUUUGCAUUGACUGUGAUAAUUGAAUUGGAACCGUUUGUUUCUUAGUUUAAAGCGAAAGUUCUGUUGUAGCUUAUCACUACUUGACUUAUCUAAGGCCAGUAUUUAUUUUUUUUUUCAGUUGAGUCAACUGGCAAUGCCGGUCAAUUUUGAGGCAGAACCACAUCAAGAGGGGCGCUCAAGAAUGUUCAGCGACAACGAGGUGUUCUCUUUCCUUUAUGGCAAAACGAGACCACAGGCAGUCAAUAAGGAUGUUGUAAGCGCGCAGUCAGUGACACAGGCAUCCAAUACAGGUAAACUAUGCUCUAAUAUCACUUUGCCGUGCAAACCCUCACUCACUCACGCGCAACUGCGCAAAGAUCGAUUAGAGCACGCGUGACACUCGCCACAAAUUCAUGCAAUACCGGUAAAUGUUGAAAUACGUACAUGCUUAUGUUGAUAUUUAUCCCUUCCACUUGAAGCAUGUGAUACAGGGGCAUACAGUUCGAACUAGAGGUCAGGGGAACCGACUUUAAGCACUUAAUCGUAAUAAUGUGAAGGUCAAGUUUUCCUUUAUUCAGCUCAGAAAAAUGAAGUCAAGUGAUAAUUCGAGUGCACAAAAUCCCGUUAAAGUCAAAUCGCCGAAGACAUGGAGUCAUUUUGCAGACUGGCUUUUCACUAGUUCAUGCAACUUUGAAUCAUCAGCAACGACAUUAAAUUACUACGUUAUCUUGAUGUUACAUUUAGUUAGUCGGAGUUAGGCGCUAAAAGUUAAUUGCGAAGACAGAUCAACAACACAGAAAACAAGAGGAAAUCCAACUAUAUUUCGUGAAACAUAAAGGAGUAAUGCGAACAGACGUAUCGUAACGUCAAAGUAGUCAAACUUGACAUUUUUCAUGUACGAGCGGUAGUUGAAUGUAGUGCUCUGUCAAGGGAAUAUGUCUAUUGGCUAGAGUUUGAAAAGAAGUGGAAAAAUUCGAGAUUAGCGAGACAAACUUAUGGACAGAUUGGUAUGUGUUUAAAGAGCAUUUUAUCCGCACGUUCUCUAACCCCGUAAUAACAUGGUGUUAUUUGAUUUUCAUUAUAUGUAAAGCUUGCCCUAGAGCUCUGUACAGUACCGCAAAUGAUCCACGACAAUUGUCGACCUUAAAUGAUCCCGUGAAAAGCAAAUGGAUUUUAGGCAUUGAUGGUGAAUGGUGCUGAGAACAUCAACAACGCUUAAAACAAUGAAAAGAGUAAAACGAUAAAUAACCGAUUUGUUUCUCCUCAAUCGUUUCUCCUUUCUUUCAAGCAUUGGAUUAAUUAACAAUUAAAGAAUGAGGCUGAGUAUUUUAUGAAGAAUUAUGGAGAUCGAGGAGGGUGUUAUCCUUCGAGCCCUUAGGCCGAGGCGGAUAACACCCUCCGAGAUCUCCAUAAUUCUUCAUAUGAUGCGAAGGCCGCGGAAUUCAAUAAUUGUUUUAUUAUUCAAUCAAAACAAUUCCUAGUUUAAAAACAUAGCUAAAACAUGCUUACCUCCAUCGAUGUUAAGUUUAUCUUGGAUAGUGCACGUUCAGGGUUGUUCAGCUCCGCAAAUAUUCUCCAAAUAGCAGAUACCGCCCUUCGAGUUGCCUUCUUGUUGUUCUUGUCAUGUUUUUAGCAUUACUUCGCCUAGUUCUUACUCCUGAAAUGAGUGAAAUGUCUGCCAUUUGUGUUUUCACAACCAAAACAACUGAACCUCUUCACCAGGUCUUCUCGGUUAACGGUGUAUUAACCUGCAAGGAAGCUGCACUUUUGACUUCGUCGGUUGAUUAAUCCCAAAAUUCUUCAAAAUUUGGUCCGUCACCAGUAGCUGGUUAUGAUAAAUUAUGCGUAUGCUUUUAGCCAAUCAGAAUCGGGGAAAUGUUUUAAUGAAUAAUAAUGUGUUUUAAUUCCAUCUUUCAGAUUGCGAUUUCUGUCGAACGAUGCCGCACGGGAGCUGUCCCAUGCAUAGGCAUCCCAGUCCAUUGCUGCCUGAAAAAGCGCUCACUUAUGCAGUAACGUCAAUACCACCAGCAUGUAAGCUGCGUGCAUCGAAUGUAGGGAAAGGAUACGGUGUUUUCAUCAAUCAAAACAUUCCCCUUGGGACCUGGAUUGGCCCAUACGAGGGCACACGAAUUCGUCCAAGUGAUGUCACACGUAAUAUGGAUACAUCGCACAUGUGGGAGGUAACAUACACUUUGAUUACGUUUAUGCCCACCACCAUAUUAAAAAUCCUCAUAAACUUUGUUCACCUCAGGUGAAAAGAAAAAACAUACAGUCUAAGAGUACAAACAUGAAGAGAGUGUGAAAGAAAUAAAAAGUCAAAGACACGUAUCCAUAAACAUGAUUCAGUUUUCACACGUUUUUCGAAAGGAGAUCAAAAGCGCCAUUUUUAUUUAAACUAAUAGCCCCAAAACUUGACAAUCAAUCGAAGAACCGACAUAUUUACCAUUUUGAAGCUAACACAGUAUAAAGUUACUGUUUCCUAUUGGUUAAUUUCCAGUUCACCAUGGCCAAGCUGUCCCUAAAUUACAUUUAUAUUCAACAACUAGAAGACGAGCUCAAGAUUCUUAUCGGCAAAUAGUUAGCAAAAGAGAAAAACAAGAGCAAUUUUUGAUAAUUUUUACUCGAUAAUCAUAGGCUAAAUUCCCCAUCCGUGUCACUCUAUGAGCUGCUAGACAGCGAGUACCUCAGCCAAUCAGAUUGGAGGAUUUAUAUCAGCAAAAAAGCUUGUCAGCGAGAUCCAUGCUCUCUAUGGAUAACAGACAUCAAAAAGGGUCCCCUAGUCCUAACUCUUACCUAAUUCCUACGGAAAUUAUAAAUAACUGCGUCUAAUAUGAAGGACCCAAGGUCCGAGUUAAGUGCAUUUCAGGAUAUAAGUAGCCUCCCACGCAGCCUAGUAUGUAGGUAACGAACUCAAGGGGAGUCGUAUUUCCCUCCUCCCACCUCUCGAGGCCAGGAAAUAACUACGCGUUUUAUAUCACCUCUUAAGAAACACUGUUUCUAAAGAGUUAGCAGUUAGUUACCAGCGCGUCACCAGUAACGAUCCCAGAAGUCUUUGCGAAAGCUAACUGGGCCCAGUUUCGAUAUCGUUCCUAGAGCGGUGAAUAGAAAUGCAGCACUUUAAGAGAAUUGUUCUUUUUGACAGAUCUAUGAAGGCAACACGCUAUCGCAUUACAUUGACGGAAGUGACGAGAACGUUGCAAGUUGGAUGCGUUUCAUCCGUUGUGCCAGGCAUAAGGAAGAACAGAAUCUCUUCUCUUUUCAAUACAACGGGAAUAUAUACUACCGAGCGUUCAAGGAUAUUCCAUGUGGCACAGAGCUGCUUGUGUGGUAUGACGAGAAGUAUCCAAUGUACAUGGGAAUUCCCCUGGGAAUGGAAGUGGGCGCUGUGUACGUUCCCACUACCACCACCACCACAGCUCAGCGUAAGUCAACAGUCAGUCAGUUAGGGCCAGUCAGAUAAUUAGUCAGUCAGUUAGUCCGUAAGACAGUUUGUUCACUCAUAGUUAGUCAGUCAGGGAGGCAGACAGAUGAAAAGUCAAAUGGUCAGUUUGUUAUGCAGGGAGUCUGGUACCCUGGUCCCAGAGGUUUUUCUUGAUUUUUCUUUGCGAAAGAGAUCAAGAGCAAGCCGCGAAGCGGCGACAACGAGUUGCGAAAGCGACGAGGAGAGAGAGAAAAACCUCUGGUUACCUUGGCCUCGAAUUUUUAAGCGGGGGUAGACCUGGGGGAAAUUAUGUUAUGAACAAACCAUCUCCACUUGGGUGGUAAAGAGUGAUUCGUUAAUCGGGGUCAAGCUAAAGCAUGUGUCAACAAUGGGCGACAAGAGUCCAGGAAUAAGAACACCACUUAAAGAAACCAACACUGUUCCAAACGACUGCUACAGGAUUUGCAGAAUUUAUGUAAAAAUAAGUGGCCGAACUAAAAUCAACGUUUUUCGGUAUAAUAACAACGAUUUUUCACAAACGUUGUCAUCUGUUACGCAGUUCGCGGAUACGCGAGUCCACAACAGACUUGAGAGGACAGACAACCAAAAUUAUUGCAUGGCGAGGGUAUGAGUAGCCUCUUAAGGAAAGGUACUUGCAAUAUACUUUCCAUGUCCGGUUGAUAAAAUGGUGAACACAUCCUUUAGACUCAAGGCGGCGAACAACGCUUUUUUUGGUUGCUCAGUGAGACUCAGGAAAGCGCUCAUCAAGUACCGAGGUCAAAAUUUCUUCGAAUAUUCUUUCAGGAACAACCUCCAUGUCAAAAUCUCGAAAUAUGGAGUGCCUUUACGUGCCUGGGUCCCGUGCAAAUGUUAUUGCGAGUGCAGUAUACAAACAAUUUUCUUCCCUGGUAGAGAGAGGCAAAAUUUACCUUCAGAAAUGAGGUGUAAAAAUCUUCUGCGUCCCCUCGGUAGUUACAAUUAAACGAGCCAAUCAAAUUGUUUUGCGUGUUUGAAAAAAUAUCAACCAAUCAACGCCUGAGGGUCAGAUCCUGACCCUGUCGUCUGCAUGAAAGUGAGAUUCGAGGCCAAAGUAACCAGAGGUUUUUCUCUCUCUCCUCGUCGCUUUCGCAACUCGUUGUCGCCGCUUCGCGGCUUGCUCUUGAUCUCUUUCGCAAAGAAAAAUCAAGAAAAACCUCUGGGACCAGGGUAGGAGUCUGUUUGUUGAGUAGCAAUGUAUUGGGUGAUCGGUACAAAAAAUAUAUUGGCAGAUUAGCCUGCGUCGCAGACGUAAUUAAACCUCGGUAACUAAAGUCUGCGAGACAGCGCAGAUGUCCUUGUUCCGGGCCCCCAACGGACUCAACGAAUUACCGGAAGAGCGUUUCCAAUUUCGUUUCAUCUUGACUGGCAAAUCGACAGUGGUAUUUUUAACAAGCCAGUCAUGGCGUGUACUCAAAUCCUGGUACACAGGGCGCCCAGAACAAGGAUUUCGGCGCUGUUUCUCAGACGGACUUAACCAGAGUUUAGUCUCGUCUACAGCGCAGGCUAUUGGCAGGUCAGGGUCAACAUUCUGAACUCUACCAAAACAUGGAAAGGAGCAAUUCUCACCACUUCUCUUGUCUAUCAGUCAUAGCUGUAGAAUUGCGGUUUUACUAAGUAACUGGAGUCAAAGACACCAAACAGUCAACGAGUUAAGUCAAUCAAACUUUCACUGAGCCGAUGACAGUUUGUCAUUUGCUUUAAUCUUCACACUAAUUGGGCAGGCUUCAGAUGGCAUGCAGUCGUUCACAUGAGACAACUUUUUAGUUAAUGGACAGUUCGACUAUUAAUGAAUUAACCAUUAACUUUUCAUCCAGUCAAUUUUGACACCAAUUGUUAUCUUUGACUAUUGGCUAGUCGCUCUAUAAACGGAUUAAGUACCCGGUCACUCUUUCAUUUAACUUGUCAGUCCACUAGUCGUUCAUUGAUAAGAUAUCCUCUUAACAGUUUUUUUUUUUAAAUCUCGACUCCACAACAACAUUCUUAAUCCAAUUUGCAGACCAGCCCGAGAGACAACAAAAUGCCACAGCAUUACAGCGGUCUGACCGAUCUUUGGAUAAAGAAUCUCCACCAAUCAAACCUCAAGAUACAGCAGGGCAGUAUUCCAACACAGCUACUAGCUCCAGGCUCACUCCGAGCACAAGCCCUUCAAGGAGUUACCAAGGUAACGAAAUUGUCCAAUUAUUUAAUUUCUUCACUGAGUGUUGGUCAAUAUGGAAGCUGCCUUUUCGUCCAUUUUUCAACAAAGCCUCUCAAAAGCUACCUUACAGUUAACUUUUAAUAACGGACUCUUUAUAAAUCGUAUCUGGUGGAUGUACUGCCAACAAUAAGCACGUUUAUAAUUACACCGAAUGAUCUAUUCAGGAUGUAAUAUAUUGAAUUUAACCUUUAUAUCAAUAUUAAAAAUCCUUCGUUGUCUUUAUUGAUUUAGUCUCAGAUAGAACUUCUGAAAUUGCUCUCACUUUAUUUAUUUAUUCGUUCGUUCAUAUUCAUUCAUUCAAGUUGAAACUAAUACAGUCAUAAAGAACGAGCGUCCAGUUAGUGCUGACAACUCAAGAACAAUAAAAGAAACUUCCUGGCCCACACCAUUAAGACCUUAUGAUACACGAUUUAUUUGUUUGUCCGUUUCCAGAUUCAAGAUCUCCACAAGCUGAUUCAAAGAAUUUGCCUCCACUUAUCCCUACAAAGUCUCUGCCAAAGAGAUCUGCUUCUGUUGACAGUUUACCUCCAGAUCAACGAACGCCAACAAGCAAUGAACCGAAUUCCCACUUUCAGCUAAGCGAAUUAACCUCUUGGCAGUGCCAGCAAUGUCACAAGACCUUCACCCAGCGAGUGGCUUUACAAAUGCAUGUGUGUCAAAGUCAACCAACCAAGCCUUUUCAGUGUGGACAGUGCGGUAGCACUUUUAAUAAUUCGUCAGAACUGCGCACGCAUGUGGUUUCCCAUACCACUGAGCGGCCUUUCAAAUGUGGCUUUUGCUCGCGCACAUUUGUUGGUGCGACAACGCUGAACAACCACGUUCGUACACACAUGGGACAGAAACCUUUUAGCUGUGAAAAGUGCGGAAAGGCGUUUUCACAAGCCAUGCAUCUCGCGAGACACGCAUGCGAAUUAAGUAGCGGCUCAAGCGGAAUUGAAUCAGUUGUUCCUCACCCAUUAACGAGCUGAAUAUGAAUCAAAGUUGGGCCAACAUCUUUGCGUGCUUUCUUUUGUUAACGGUGUUGAUAGGGUGGCAAAACUUCCUCUUGCUUAUGGUAC